AUGGCUACUACCAACUCGACCGAUUAUGGCGCACGCGAUCUUGUUGGCUACGGCGAACACACGCCCGAUCCUCAGUGGCCCGGCGGUGCGAAGAUCGCGGUCCAGGUGGUGCUGAACUACGAGGAAGGGUCCGAGGUAACACCUGUGAACGGCGACGGCAUUACCGAGACCGCUGCAUCCGAGCUGGGACCAGGAGUGACGCCAAUGACGGACGGGCAACGCGAUGUGAACAUGGAGUCGUUAUACGAGUAUGGCUCUCGUGCGGGUGUAUGGCGCGUGCUGCGUUUGCUCGAGGAGCAUGGUGUCAAGUGCACGAGCUACGCCGUCGGCAAGGCGCUCCUGCUCAACCCUGCAGUAGGCGCUGCGCUCUCCACACGCGGACAUGAAGUUGCGAGCCACGGUUGGCGCUGGGUAGAUCGUAGUGCGUGGACGGCGGACGAAGAGAUGGAGAACGUCCGCAAGGCCAUGCAAGCUAUCAAGGAGACGAGCGGAAAGCCGCCGCGCGGGUGGUACUACGGGAUGGUCGCGACCAAGGCCGGCGCGCGCAGCCGGGCGCUCGUUGCCCAAGUCUUCCGCGAAGAGGGCCUUCCGCUCAAGUACUACAGCGACGACUAUAGCGACGACCUUCCUCACUGGGUACCAAUGCCCGGUGGAGGCAAGGACGAGGGUCUACUGAUCAUUCCUUAUACUCUCGACACCAAUGACUACAAGAACGCGGGCUACCAGGCUUUCAUAACCGCCAACCAGUUUGCUGAGUAUUUGAUCGAUGCAUUUGAUGAGCUCUAUCGCGAAGGCGAAGCGGGUCACCCCAAGAUGUUUUCCAUCGGAUUACACUGUCGUAUUGUUGGACGGCCGGCGCGUAUUGCGGGAUUGCGCAAGUUCCUCGAAUACGCCAAGUCGAAGGAGGGUGUAUGGUUCGCGACCCGUGAGGAGAUUGCAGACCAUUGGGCGAAGCGCUUCCCGUACCAGCCACAAGCAUAG